AUGGCGGAUUGCGCGAAGAAGAUUGAAUUACUUGAACAAUUUCGCGGUCGCUGUUUUCGAUCUCCUCGCAGCUUGUUGGUUGUGAUCUUCUCCUUCGUUGUUGUUCCUUCAAACUCCAACAAAGAUCCGUAUCCGCUCCGAUGCAUUCAACUCCGAGGAGGAAGGUGGGGAGGAGGAAAGGAGGAAUGGAGGGUCUUUCGAAAAUGUACGAGGAUGUUCUAUCCCUACGAUGAGCUUCGAUCCGUCAUGUCCAACGACUACGACUCUUCAGAUGACGAGUCAGAUGACUAUAAAGCGAAGCUCGUGCGAAGAAAGCAUGCAGAAGAAAAAGCCAAGCAAGGUCAGAAAUUCUUGGAGCAACCUCAGGCAUUCAAGAUCAGAACUAGGUAUCUGAACCAAUCGGCAUAUCAGGUGUGGUGGAGGCCUGGAAUCGUCAACAAGAUGUUAUGGGCAGCGUGUGAGACUGGGGACAACUACGAGAUAGACUUUCUUGUCAAGUUUGCGCAUGCCGAUAUCAAUGCGGUGGAUUUCAACAUGAAGCACCUCACCGCGCUAAUGAGAUCAGUGAUGAACGGCCGGAAGGAAACAGUGAAGCUUUUGAUCGGCCAUGGCGUAAACGUGAACGCAACAGACAGCCACGGCUCCACCGCCCUUCACUACGGUGAGAAGAGCAGCUGGAUCCCUGAUGCCUGA